GGCCGGCUCCUCCCUCCCGGACACUCCCCGCACGGCCUCUGCACGGCCCCAGCUCCUCGUGGGGAGAGAGAGAGACGGGUGGCACCGCUCGUCAUCGUCGUAGUCUUCGUCUUCUUCGUCGUCGUAGUCGUCGCCUGGUGUACGGGCGCGAUUCUCAGUUGCCCGUGGUUGGCGUCGCUGCGUGGACGGAGCCAUGAGCAAGCGCAAGGCGCCGCAGGAGACUCUCAAUGAGGGCAUAACAGAUUUCCUCUUUGAGCUGGCAAACUAUGAGAAAAAUGUGAAUCGUGCAAUUCACAAAUACAACGCCUAUCGAAAAGCUGCAGCCGUCAUCGCAAAAUACCCAAACAAGAUCAAAAGUGGUUCUGAGGCCAAGCAACUUGAAGGUGUUGGGGUGCAAAUCGCAAAGAAGAUUGAUGAGUUCCUGUCAACAGGGAAGUUACAAAAGCUGGAAAAGAUUCGUCUUGAUGACACAUCGUCUUCCAUAAACUUCCUGACACGCAUCACUGGCAUCGGACCUGCUGUUGCCAAAAAGCUGUAUGAUGAGGGAAUUAGAACACUGGACGACUUGAAAAACAAUGUCGAGAGACUUAACCAUCACCAGCGCAUUGGACUGAAAUACUUUGAGGAUUUUGAAAAAAGGAUUCCCAGAACUGAGCUGAUGAAAAUGCAGGAUCUGGUGUGCAAAGAUAUACAAGCUUUGGAUCCUGAUUACAUUGCUACAGUUUGUGGCAGCUUCCGCAGAGGGGCAGAGUCAAGUGGUGACAUGGAUGUACUUCUGACUUAUGAGAGUUACUCAUCUGAGAGCAAGAAGCAGCCAUUUCUUUUGCAUAGGGUGGUGGACCACUUGAAGUCCACUGGGUUUCUUUCGGAGACAUUAUCCCGUGGUGACACAAAGUUCAUGGGCGUAGGAAGGCUUCCUGUGGUUGAUGGUGAUGAUGAUGAUGAGACAAACCGACCUCACCGCCGUAUUGACAUCCGACUCGUACCAAAGGACCAGUACUUCUGUGGAGUGCUUUAUUUUACAGGCAGUGACAUUUUCAACAAGAACAUGAGAACUCGUGCACUGGAAAUGGGGUUCACCCUCAACGAGUACUCCAUCCGGCCAAUCGGCAUCACCGGAGUGAUCGGCGAGGCGUUGCCAGUAUACAGUGAACAGGACAUCUUCUCUUAUAUCGGAUGGUCCUAUCGCGAGCCUAAAGACCGGAGUGAAUGAGUCUCGCAACAGAUCUGAAACCUACUCUGUCUUACUGUGUAGAACUAAUCUCAAGUUUAUACUCUUUGGUUCUAUUCGGUAAAGUCACGUAGGUAAAAAAUAAAACAACAAAAAUCACGACGUUUCGGCCACAACACAAGUGGCCUUCAUCAGGUGAAGGGACAAACUGUCCAGCGGGCAGCGUUGGAGUGAAGAAAGCCAAGCGCAGGUUGCCACCUUUUAAGCUGUGAGGGUGCAAACAGAAAACGCCUUGACAAAGGAUGAUUGGCGUGAGAGGGACAUUUCUGUAUGAUCACAUAUUUGUUUUAGGCAUCGCGUUACCCCCAACAUUAAAAUUAGCAUCAUUUUACAAGACAGGGAUUUAUAAGCAUGUAUUUAUACACAGGUUUACAGAAUUAGGAGCAAUGGCACAAUCUAAAUUAUGUAGCCAUCUUGGUUGUUGCCUUAUAACUGAAAAUAGCAGAAACGCAAACGUUUUGUGCAGUAUUUUAGCACAAACCAAAUCUGGUAACCCAAGAUUAUUUUUCAUUUCUGUUAAAUCUACCUCUUGUAUCCACAAAAUCAGCUUUCGUUGCCCUGUAUAUUGCGUUAUGUGCAGAACAUUCCCCUUAACUAAAUCCCAAAUACAGGCGUCUUAAAAUUUCUCGUUAAGCGAAAAUUCGUAAAAACGAUCGUUUUCCCGUUAAAAAAUGAGUUAUGAUUCAGCCCCAUAAUGUUCCACUCUAGAUCAACUUUUUUUUACGUGAGAAAUACAUAGUAUAAUUUUUAACGUAAAGUAAUAAAAUAUCAUGUAACACUUACCACACAUGAACCACAGUGCUUGCAGGUGCCUGUCUUCAGCUUCUGUAAUUAAUUAGCGCCCCCCCCCUCCCCCCGCUCCUACUCAACCAUUACAGUUCCACCAUAAAGGCCCCUUCCCCCACAUGGCGAAUCUCACGCACACAGCAGUAUGUUGAACUUCUUAAAGUAGCCAACCGUGCUAAUCGGAGGUGCGUGGGAAGGACAACAAACUGAACACAAAAAGCAGUUUCUAAAGAAAUCAGUUUUAAAUUUGAAUUUAAAAGUGUAUUGCUCCAGUAGCUUCGUAACAUUGGAAGGGAGAGUGUUCAAGACAGCCGCAGAAGCACAUCUGAAAGUGUGCGAUACAAACAACUGUGAGCCGCAAUUCGCGCCCCCUCUCGCCAUGGAACGCAUUCGAUCGAUCGGUCGUCAUAUUCUUGGUUCUUUCGGUAAAGUCACGUUGAAGGGAAACAAUAAAAUAAUAAAAUGUAUAUUAAACAAUAAAAAUUCUCACGACGUUUCGACUGCGACACAAACUUUACUGCUCCCGCGCAGUCGUCAUCAGGUUACCUGAGGUUACCUGAUGAUGUCUCUUUGUGUUGCAGUCGAAACGUCGUGAGAAUUUUAUUGUUUUAUAUAUUUUUAUUAUUAUUUUAUUGUUUCCCUUCAACGUGACUACCGAAAGAACCACGAAUAUGAAUUACUGCAGUCACAAAGGCUUUAAAUCAAAAUUCAAUCGGUCUUCGUUCGUUACGUGAACAUUUGCUCAUUUUACAAACAAAUUCGUCUAAAUUAAAUUUGCUCGUUAUAGAGUGCUCGUUGAGACGCGCCUGUAUUCAGAAUGCCACCAUCAGGCAUCACGCCAGCACCUGUAAACAAGACAAAUCACCUCCGUAACUCUGACCUCUCCACUGGAUCCCAAUCCAAUUCUGCACCUUUUACAAAUCACCCUCACCAUUUUUAAGAUCCUUCAUAGAAUCACCGCCACCUACCUAUCCCAUUGAAUUUUAAGCUACUCCGUCACAUGCUCUCCAUGCCAGCAACCAAGUUGGCAGUUCCCCUUGUCUGCUGCUAAAUAAUUUGUUUGCAAUUCCCUUCCUCUUGAAAUCUGGACUGCCCAAUUCCCUUUGUUGAAAUCCAGAGAGAAGGCCAGUUCUUCUCUGCCUUUUAACGUUUUUUAUGAAAUGCCUUUAAAUAUAUCACAUUGCUUUCUCCCUUCUCAAACACAUCUACUUACAUCUCUCUCCCUUUCAGUAGUUUUCUCUUUAUUUCUGCUCUGAAUACUAAUAUAGUAGACUCUCAAUUAUCCGUGUGUGGUUUAUCCAAUUUGUGGAUUAACAGCACACCUGAGAUUUUACGUAAAUUAAUAACUGAUGGAUUUUCCCUUAAGCCCAAAUUCAUACUCUAAAAACAGUUAUACAUUAUUUUUCUUGGAAAAGUGUAUUACUAGUAACGUGCUUAAACCGAACAGAUAUGUGCUCCUGUGAAUCCGAAAUCGCCUCUACAGUACAGUAGUUGCAUAUAUUUAUAACAGUGGCCAGAGUUUGAUUUUGGUGUGGCUCUGCUAUCCACUUAGUGGGCAGUCUUCUGCGCGGGAGCAGGAAAGUUUUAUCACUAAGAAUGCGCAUCAAUCCGUCGAUUCUUUACUACAAAUUUUUGUUUUGUUUCUUAACAAACUCAAUGUUCAUAACUGAAACAUAAAUUAUUCAUUUUUUAGUAUUUUUGGCAUAGAGGUCGACGGAAAAUGGAUAUUUUUGUAUUAUCCACGAUUUUGAAUUAUCCGCGGCCGUCUUCCUCGUCAGCGUGGAUAAUCGAGCUCUGCUGUAUAUUAAAAAGUUUUCCAUUUCAAAUUAUCUCCAUGCACUCGUCUCAUAUUUAGUGUAGUGAGGUUUGGUUAUAUCUUGGUGCUUUUUAAGUCCACAUGUUAAUGUGUAACCUCGUAUAUUGAAUAUCAAGGAUGCGAGUACUGUUGCUCAUGUAUACAUUACAUUAAGGUUAAAUCGGUACCCAUCAUACCAAAUGCUUUUUAUCGUGCUAUUAAGGGAUGCAAUUAUGGUCAAAAUAGCUACCGUACAUCAUUGGGUCACAGAGACUCGUAAAUCCAAGUCGAGGUGUGGUUCCAGUUAUCCCUUCAGCAGCCUUAGAAUAGAGCCGAGUAUUAAUUCCUAUAAUUAAUAUAGCCAGCCUAAAGGGACGGUGAAUGAGUGUUUUAAACUGGGGUGCGUGGAUGUAAAAUUAUACCUAGUAAAGUAUUACUGUUUUAA